AAUGGAAAAUUGGAAAUUGUAUGUACGUAGGUGUGAAUAGCUGAAUAUUAUAGUGAAUAAUGAUUAAAUUAUCUUGAAAAAAAAAAAUCAACUAGUGAGAUAAUACAGAAUUUUGCAAAUAUGGCAUGUUAUAUUUAUUGUAUAUAUUCUAUUAUAUUGUGAUAUAAUUUCUUCCACUCCAAACCCUACAAAAUAUCUGUGGAUCUAAUCUAAUCCUUAAAAAUGUCUGCGGAAUCUGAUAUGGAAUAUUCGGACAACGAUGGUGACGACUACGAUUAUUACGGAGGACAAGAUGAUUGCGAUAUGGAGACAGUGGAUCGAAGCAAGGCUGACCCUGAGCAUUUUAUAUUUUCCUGUUUGAAAGUUGAAGAAGUUGAGAAAUUGUUAAAUGAAUCGAUCGAAUUGCUAAGCAAUAGUCUUCAAAUCACACCUUCUCUCGCAAAGGUGAUGCUACAUGCCUAUGAAUGGAAUGCAGAAGAGAUUAUAAAUAAGUAUAAAGAGAAUGCCAAUGAUGUUUUAGUUUUCAGUCAUGUUAAACCUAGAGUACCUUCCAUUCAGGGCAAUUCCAGUCGAACAGUGUGUGCUGUUUGUGCUAAUACACCACCUAUUCAUAAAUAUAGUGCAUUAGCUUGUGGACAUUACUUUUGCAAUGAUUGCUGGGCAAUGCAUUUUGAAGUACAAAUAAAGCAAGGUGUUUCAAAUACAAUACAGUGUAUGGCACAGGAUUGUGAAGUAUUGGCACCAGAAGACUUUGUUUUGUCGCAUGUUACAAAGCCAGCUCUGCGAGAACGUUAUCAGCAGUUUAUGUUCAAGGACCAUGUGAAAUCACAUCCUCAGUUAAGAUUUUGUCCUGGUCCUAAUUGUCAGUGGAUUUAUCAGGCGUGGGUUCGAGUGGGCGCCCGUCGUGUAGAAUGCCUUGGCUGUGAAACACUGACCUGUUUCUCCUGUGGAGCACCUCAUCAUGCGCCAACUGACUGCGCAACUAUACGCCGAUGGCUGACCAAAUGCGCUGAUGAUUCUGAAACAGCUAAUUAUAUUAGUGCACAUACAAAGGACUGUCCUAAAUGUCAAAUAUGCAUAGAGAAGAAUGGGGGUUGUAACCAUAUGCAAUGUGGGGCAUGUAGAUAUGACUUUUGUUGGGUUUGCUUGGGUGACUGGAAAUCCCAUGGUUCGGAGUAUUACGAAUGCAGUCGUUACAAAGAAGACCCUAAUUUAGCAAAUGAUAACCAACAUGCUCAGGCUAGGGAAGCCUUGAAAAAAUAUUUGCAUUACUAUGAAAGAUGGGAAAAUCACGCUCGGUCUUUGAAACUGGAAGAACAAACAUUAGCAAAUUUAAAAAGCCGCAUCAAUCAGAAGGUCAUGGCCGGCGAAGGGACUUGGAUUGACUGGCAAUAUCUUUGGGAUGCAGCCAGAUUAUUAAAGCGUUGUCGAUACACUCUUCAAUACACAUAUCCAUAUGCAUAUUAUAUGGAAGUAGGGCCGCGAAAAGAACUUUUUGAAUAUCAGCAGGCCCAAUUGGAAGCUGAAAUAGAAAAUCUUUCAUGGAAAGUAGAAAGAGCAGAAACCACCGACCGCGGUGACUUAGAAAAUCAAAUGGACAUUGCUGAGAAACGAAGGACAACUUUGCUGAAAGAUUUCUUAGAAUUUAACACAAAUAACGCCUCCAGUAGUAAAGUUUAAGAAGUAUCAAUCACACAAAUGCAUUUUAAUUGAAACAUAAUAUUAUGACAGCAUUGUGCACCUUUGUAAAAUAAUUAUAAAUGCUAAGAAUUUUCUUUUGCCAAAGUACCUAUAUUUAUUAACGUAAUUUUGCAAUAAAAUAGGCAAUGCUGUGAUGGUGUCUUAUUAUUUUAAAAGUAAUGAUUUCUAUACGGGAGUCUUUAAUUGAGCUAUAUUAUGUCUUGCUUGUUCCAGUACUGCAAACAUACUGCUUACAUACUAAGCAGUAUAAUCCCAUAGGCUUCAGCUCUCCAAACUUUUGACCUAGGAGAAAGUUUAGUUUUAGAACAAAUAUAGUAAACUGAUUUUUUUUGACUUUGUUAUUUGAAAUAUUACUUUUUAAUUAUUAAAUAUUAUUAGUCCUUACUGAAAAUAUGAUACACCAUCCCCUUUUAAAGUAGUUUUUACAAUACAGUAUGGCAUUUUGAAUGAAGACUGGCGCGCGAUUGGAACUUUUUUGGCUCGGACAUUUGAGUGCGGAACUGAGGUCCAUUUAGUAGGAGGUCAAUGAUGGGAUGUAUAAAAACAUGUAGUACAUUUUAUUUAUUAUAAGUAAGACCUAUGUCACAGUGACUGAAAGAAACUGGCACAGUCAGAGACAGGGAGAGCAAACACUGUGUUAAGGCUGCAUUACGAAUGCGUCAGUCCGACCAGGGAAGAACCAUGGUUCGGUCAGACGGUCACUACGGUACAAAUACAUUGCGCACUAAGUUACGGCCAAUUUUCCGUAACGUUUUUAGUCGAUUGCGAGCGGGCGAGAAGACUAGUUCUUUGUUUUGUAAACCACGAACAUUGUUUUUCACAAUCAUACACCGAUUUUGUUUAAAUUGACUAAAAAUCGCUGUCAUUAUUUAUAUGCACACUUUUUCAACGUGAUUUGAAGUUUAUUUCAGAUAAGUGAGCCCUCACUGAUAACACAGAUUUUCUGACAGGUCACACGUCCUCGUGUGAAAACUAAAAGUAAGGUAAGUCAACGGUAAGCAGAAAAAACAUCAUUAGUUAAAAUAUCGUAUCGGUAAUUCUGACCAUGAACAGUCAACCCGUGUUUUUUUUAUAGGAUAGGGUGACAAACCAGGACACAGUCCACCAGAUGGUAAGUGGUUGCUGUAGCCCAUAGACAUCUACAUCUAUCCUCAAUAAAGACUUAAGAUGCAGAUGCGUUGUCACCCGUGAGGACUAAGAUGGAAUGCCUCUUUGCCAGUAAAAUGGGUCUCCGGUUCUCUACACUCACCAUACGAAACACAGCAGCGUUAAGCUGCUAUUUUAAGCUGGUUUUCUGUGAGAGCGUGGUCCUUCCCCGGUCGAGCCGACCCAUUCGUACUACAACUAUACUACUAAUAUAGCUGCAGCAUGGCUCUACCACUUUAAAAGAUAUCGCAAUUUUUGCUCUAACCAUAUAAAAAAACUUAGUAGAAAUUAUAAUAGGCAAAAAAUUAAUAAUUCAAUUAAUUAACCUAAAAAUUAUGGUCCACGAUAAAUGAGAUUACGCAAUAUAAACCUCCAAAAACUAAUAAUGUUGACCUACUUAAUUCAAAAUCGCAUCCUCAAAUCUAAGUAAAUCAUGUUAAUAAUUACUUUAUCAACAUUGGGUCUAAUUUAAAAAACCACGUAAAAAAAUUUGUGUGUGCAAAUUUGCAGCAUAUGAAGCUUGCAGUAUAGUAUAUUUCAUUACGAGUGCGGAAAGCCUGUCAUUGCAGAGUUCCGACAAAUGUCUAUCUUUAACGCUCAAAAACAUAUUUUAAUAUGAUCUAUAAAUUACCAAAAACAUAUGUUCCAAACUAUUUUCUCUUUUUUUGUUUCUUGUCAUCCGAUCUUAUCCCUGAUAUAAAGAAAUUGUAAUUUUAUGGUUCUCAAACUUUGUUAUGACAAGAUAGAAUUACUCAAUGUUAGGGAAAAUCGGAUGCAUUUGAUUUUUUUUGGGAAAAAAAAUUAACAGCAAGGACUGGUGAAAUGGGAUAAUACAGGAGUAGAUGUUGAUAGAUUAUUUUGUGUGCAUAUUUGUGUAUGUGUAUCAAUAAGCAGGCGUGAGCCUAUUUAUAGAGUUAAGUAGAAUCAGAAUAAGGGCAUGAAGUCGGAAAAAGUAAAGCAAAGUUGACUAGACUAGGAAAAGGAACGUGGGUUGAAAGUUUCCCGUGAAACUGAAUUACUUUAUCUAAUGAGAUAAAUAUGUAAUGAGAUGAGAUAAACGUUACCUGAUGAGAUAAAUGUGUCAAAGAAUAAUUUUUGUAAGGAUAAAACGAUAGACAACAAUCAAAACCAAGAAAAUAAUAUGCGUUUGAGAAUAUUUUAAUUAUUUUUUCCUUCCGCUUAGGAAUAACAAAUUUCACGUCAUCUUUUUUGCCAAUAGUUUUAUAAUACGUUAUGGUGUAUUUUCUUGGGCUUAAAUUAAUAUUCUCAAUGACACCGGCAUAAUAUUUCCAAGCCUUUUUAUAGUAUCGAACUAGAACUUUAUCUCCAAUAUUGUAUGUUGGUUUCAAAUUAGUAAUAUCAUCUUUAUCUCGUCCGCCGUCAGUUAUAUGAAUUCCAAUAUGAAGUUGCCACAGGUGUUCAUUUGAUCUUUUGUCACUAUUUUUACCGGAUUAUCUUUAUUUUUUAUUUUUUUCUUAGAUGUGUGACCUAUGUCUGUAUUUUGUAGUUUUUUCUCCUUUAAAUCUAUAAAUAUAUCCCUAUCUAGGUUAAUAGGUUUAAGUUGUAAGCUUCCAUGAGUUUUGUAGAAAGCUUGGUUUUCAGGUGUCAAUUUUACGGAUGAUAACAUAGUCACUUUUUACGUUGCCUUGUCUAAAGUAUUUAUAUCAUCGCUAUCUUUGUCUUUCCAAAUAUCUUUUGUCUCAAUAAUUUCGUCGCAGGUGUUGCAGGUCUGUGCGGCUUUUUCUACUUCCUGUAAAUUUUUAACAAUUUGUUUAAUUACCUGAUCUUUAGAUAGUGGUUCUAAUUCAGUCUUUUUUCUCUCAUAAUUUAAGUUAGUCUUGUUCCAUGUAUCAAAGUUAUCAGGUAAUAUAUCACUGAGGCAAUCUAAUAAGUCAGAAUCACUAUGUACACUCAUUUCAAUGCUUUCAUCUGUCGUGGUAAUGCUAGGAGUCCUCUUACGUUUUGUUACAGACUUUUUGUCGUAGAUUUUUUUUCCUUCUUUUGUGAUGCCCAUUGGUUUUUUAGUCUUGAUUUUUUGUUUAUAUCAGGGUCGUUUAAAACCGUUAAAUCCAUUAAAUCGUCUGUUAAAUUGUUAGAAAAAUAAUUCCUAUCAUCUCCAGAAAUAAGAUUUUCUUUGUCAGUCCGAGUUUUCUUUCCUGUACCUUUUCCUUUUUUAGUAGUAUAUCUGUUAUUAUUUGUCUUGUCUGUCAAACAUUUGCUUGUUUUUUCUCUUUCUUUUGCCUGUUUUGUUUAUUUUUCUCUUGUUGUUUUUCUGGAUGUGUGUGAUGGAUGAAUGUGUGAUGGAGCAUGAAUGUAUAAGCCCAAGACUCCUCUGGAUUAGGUUAAAAGUCGGACUCACUCGCUUGUUUAUCCUUGGGGUCUAUUCACCAACGGAUCUGCGUGGAGGUGGGUCCAUAAAAACACAACAAGAGAGAGAGGAAUUUUGGGAUAGCAUGAGAGAGGUCUUGAAUAAAUGCGGAGAAAAUGAACGGAUCGUGAUGUUAGGGGACUUUAAUGGAUGGGUUGGAGUAAAGCGUGAUGGGUAUGAAGGAGUUCUGGGUACGUUUGGGGACGAGAGAGUGAAUGACAAUGGGAGAAGCCUGCUUGAAGUAUGCUUGGAAUGGAAUCUGUGCGUGGCCAACACAAUGUUUGACCACAAAAAGAUCCAUUUGUAUACAAGAGAUGAGGGUGAGUCUAGAAGUAUGAUUGAUUUUGUAAUUGUGGAUGAAAGACUGAGGAAGAAAGUGCUAGACACUCGGGCAUACCGCGGUGUAGGCCUCGACACAGACCACUUCCUGGUCAUAGCCCGAAUGCGUGGCCUCUUUAAACGGUGGCGACACCGAGUGGCCGAGCCUACGAGUGUUUUGGACAGAGUAAAAGUGGAAAAUCUACAAGAAGAAGAAAAGAAAGACGAGUAUGUAGAGAAACUGAAAGAAAGUUUUAAAGGGAUAGAAGAGAUAGGAGUGAUUGAAGAUUUGUGGGAGACAUUUAAGAAAGGGGUCGUAAAUGUUGCUAUCGAGGUAUGCGGGGUAGCUAAAAGAAGGAAAGGAAGAAAGAAUGAUAACGUGUGGAUGGAUAAAGAUGUACAAAAGGUUGUGCAAGAAAAGAAGAAAGCGUGGUUGGAUUGGUUAGCAACAAAAGCUAACCAAAAAGUUCAAAAGGCAACGGAUGACGUGAUAAAGGAAGCAAGAACGAAGUAUAAAAGAUUGAAAACAGCAGCGAAAGAAAUUGUGUCUAGAAAGAAAGAAGAACGAAAGGAUGAUUUCGAUAGGAGGCUCACUGAAGAUUUCCAGUCAAACAUUAAGUUUUUCUGGAAAACCAUCAAAACAGCCAGAGGAAAAUCUUCUACCUCUGAGCUGAGUACAAUCAGGAGUCAAGAUGGGAGCAUUAUAAAAGGAGAAGAAUAUGUGUUAAAGAGAUGGAAAGAGUAUUUUGAAAGUUUGUUUGAAAGAGAGGAAGUGCAGGUACAGCAUCUGCCACCUUCCACGGAAACUAAUAUAAGUGUUGAUGAAUAUGAGAUAAGCAUGGAUGAAAUAGUGAAAGCGUUGAAAAGUAUGAGAUUAGGUAAGGCUGCAGGGUAUGACAGGAUUACCGUCGAGAUGCUGAGGGCUGGACAGGGCCUGGUGGCUAGUCAGCUGUACCGCCUUUUCAAUCUGGCGGCUCCGUGGCGCAGUGGCUUAGCAAUCAGUUGUUGCGCUGGGGGCCGCGGGUUCGAAUCCCGCACGGAACAAGUAUUUGUAUGGCCUACAAAUAUUGUUCCGGGUCUGGAUGUUUGUCCUUGUGCAAUUUAUGUUUGUAAACUGCCUCCACGACACAGGAGAAAAUCCUAGUGUGGGGGUAAUGUUUUUUUUUAAUAAUAAAGAUAAAGAAUCUGUGCUGGCGAAAUGGGCAAGUACCGGGAGACUGGUGCAAAGCCGUAAUUGUGCCAUUGUAUAAGGGAAAAGGGUCACGGCAGGACUGCAUAAAUUGCCGCGGUAUAAGCCUUCUCAGCGUCGUCGGUAAAUUGUAUGCGAAAGUGUUCAUUGAAAGGAUUGUGAAUGAAACAGACAAGAAAGUAUGGGAUGCACAAGCGGGAUUUAGAAAGGGAAUGGGAUGUACGGAUCAGGUCUUUUCCUUGCGGUGCAUAGCCGAAAAGUAUUUGGCUAAAAACAAGAGAGUCUACUGCGCGUUCGUAGAUCUAGAAAAGGCCUAUGAUAGAGUGGUGAGGAAUGAAUUGUGGUCAGCACUGUCCGUGAACGGUGUGAGCAGUAUCCUCAUACGAGCAAUGCAAUCUCUUUAUAGGGAUUCUAGUGCUUGUGUAAGGAUAAACGGGGCAUACACUGAAUGGUUUAAUAUCGAAAAAGGUGUUAGACAGGGAUGUGUAGCGUCACCGUGGCUGUUUAAUCUGUUCAUGGACAAUUGUUUGACAGAUUUAAAAGAGAAUGAAAGUGGGUUGAGAAUGAAUGAGUUACUCGUCAAAUGUUUUCUCUAUGCUGAUGACCAAGUAUUACUUGCGUCUUCGGCCGAGGAGUUGCAGGAGAUGGUAACUGCUAUGAGUGGAGCUUUUGUUAGAAAGGGAAUGAAGAUGAAUGUAAGGAAGACGAAAGUGAUGGUGUUUG